AUGAGAGAAAUAUAUUCAGGAGAAUGGGUUUUUAUGGCUACAAUGCUAUUGUUCAUUGUUUUUCUCACAAGAAUGAUAUUUCAGAUGAAGACGGCUGCAGAGAAGAAGAGAACACACAGGCUGCCGCCGGGAAGAAGAGGGUGGCCGGUUGUCGGCGACAGCAUCAGCUGGUACCAUGCUGUCGCGAGUUCUCAUCCCCCCAGCUUCGUUGAAGAGCAGGUGAAAAGGUUUGGGAAGAUAUUUUCAUGCAGCCUGUUCGGAAAACGGUCGGUGGUGUCAGCCGACCCGCGCUUCAACCGAUUUGUAAUGCAAAACGAAGGGAAAUUGUUCCGGUCGUGCUAUCCGAAAUCUUUCAGAGAUUUGGUCGGGAAAAAUGGGGUGAUCACUGUGCAGGGAGAGCAACAGAGGAAACUGCAUGCAAUUGCCUCCAAUAUGAUGCGUCUGGAUAAGCUCAAGUUCCAUUUCUUGAAAGAUAUUCAGAUGGUUAUGCGUCAAACUUUCAGGAAUUCCCACGAGAAUCAAGUUGUUUUCCUGCAGGAUGUGUGCCGAAAGGUGGCUAUAAAUCUAAUGGUAAAUCAGCUAUUGGGAGUUAGAAGCGACGAAGAAGUAAAUGAGAUAGCUCAAUUGUUCUCUGACUUUGUGGAUGGCUGUCUAUCUAUACCAAUAAACUUGAAGGGUUUUGCUUAUCACACUGCCAUGAAGGCAAGGGAGAAAAUCAUAAGCAAGAUAAAGAAGAUAAUUGAGGUGCACAGAGAAGAAGGUGCACCAGAAGGUGGUAGUGGUGUACUUGGAAGACUGCUAGAAGAAGAAGAAGAAGAAAGCUUACCCGACGAUGCGGUGCCGGACUUCAUUAUCAAUCUUCUCUUCGCCGGCAACGAAACAACUGCUAAGACAAUGCUUUUUGCUGUUUAUUUCCUCACUCACUGUCCCAAAGCAAUGAAGCAACUUCUGGACGAACAAGAUAGUCUGAGGAGUCGGUGUAAUGGAGACGAACUUCUUACGUGGCAGGACUACAAAGCCAUGUCCUUCACUCAAUGUGUUAUCGAUGAAACACUUCGUCUUGGGGGUAUUGCAAUUUGGCUAAUGAGGGAGGCAAAAGAAGAUGUUAAUUACCAAGAUUAUGUUAUUCCCAAAGGAUGCUUUGUUGUUCCAUUUCUUUCGGCAGUUCAUUUGGAUGAGAACGUGUACGAGGGAGCUCAAACAUUCAACCCUUGGAGAUGGAUGGACCCUCAAAAUGAGGAAAAGAGAAACUGGAGAAGUAGCCCCGUCUAUGCUCCCUUUGGAGGAGGUGCAAGAUUUUGUCCAGGAGCAGAGUUGGCUCGCCUCCAAAUUGCUUUAUUUCUCCAUCACUUUGUAACUACUUACAGGUGGACCCAACUUAAGGAAGAUCAAAUGUCCUUCUUUCCCUCGGCUCGAUUGGUAAAUGGCUUCCAAAUCUGCUUGACUAGACGGCAUGAUGAACAAGCUAGCCAGAUGAAAGUGAAAGAUUUAGUUGUGUUUCUUGGUUAUGUUAUUACCGUGAAAGGAAUUGAGGUGAAUGAGGAAAAGGAAUUGUAUGCUAAUGAUGAUGACUAUGCAAGUGUUUAUGGAGUGUGUGAGAAGGCAGCGUUUGAAAAGUUCUACAGACUAGAUGGGUACUUGUUUAGAGAGAAUAGACUGUGUCCUAAUAGUUUUAGGCGUGAGUUGCUUGUGCGUGAAGCAUAUGGAGGUGGUUUAAUGGGUCAUUUUGGUGUAAGGAAGACUUUAGACGUGUUGUAUGAAUAUUUUUUUUGGCCAAAGAUGAAACGUGAUGUGGAGAGAGUUUGUGCUAGAUGCGUUAUAUGUAGGCAGGCAGAAUCUAGAGUCUUACCACAUGGAUUAUACACUCCUUUGCCCGUACCUAGUGCGUCAUGGGUCGAUAUUUCUAUGGACUUUGUUUUAGGCUUGCCUUGGUCAAGGAAAGGUAGGGAAUCAAUUUUUGUGGUUGUUGAUAGGUUUUCUAAGAUGACACAUUUCAUCUUUUAUCAUAAAACCGAUGAUGCAACCCACAUCGCCGAUUUAUUCUUUAGAGAGAUAGUACGGCUCCAUGGUGUUCCUAGGAGUAUUGUGUCUGAUCGUGAUGUUAAGUUCCUUAGCUAUUUUUGA